CGAAGAAGCCGAGAAGAAAUCAGCCGCCAAAAAGGGCGAGGACGAGGAAGGGGAGGAGGAGGAUGAAAGCGACGAGAGCGACGAGAGCGAGUCUGAAGACGAAGCUGUAUCAAAGGCUAAGCAAGCCGAAGCUCAGCGCAAGAAGGAAGCUGCGGAGCGGAGAGAAAAGGCCCACCAAGCCGCCUUGGCUGCUCGAUCCAAGGACGAUUUGCGCUCUCCCAUCUGCUGUAUCCUGGGACACGUCGAUACUGGAAAGACGAAGCUUCUUGACAAGAUUCGACAGACCAACGUUCAAGAGGGCGAAGCUGGAGGUAUUACCCAGCAGAUUGGUGCUACAUACUUCCCGGUUGAGGCCAUCAAGGCGAAGACGGCCGUCGUUAACAAGAACAAUGAGUUUGAGUUCAAGGUCCCCGGUCUCUUGGUCAUUGAUACCCCUGGCCACGAGUCUUUCUCCAACCUCCGAUCCCGUGGUUCAUCAUUGUGUAACAUUGCUAUUCUGGUUGUGGAUAUUAUGCAUGGUCUUGAACCACAGACUCUAGAGUCAAUGCGCCUGCUCCGCGACAGAAAAACGCCAUUUAUCGUGGCUCUCAACAAGAUUGACAGACUUUACGGAUGGAAGAAGGUGGACAACAAUGGCUUCCAAGACAGUCUGGCGCUUCAGAGCAAGGCGGUUCAAAACGAAUUCAAGAACCGCUUGGAGGCCACUAAGCUGGCCUUUGCAGAGCAAGGUUUCAACUCAGAGCUCUUUUACCAGAAUAAGUCUAUGGCGAAAUUCGUCUCGCUUGUGCCCACAUCAGCACACACUGGAGAAGGUAUUCCCGAUAUGUUGAAACUCAUCCUCCAGCUCACCCAGGAGCGUAUGGUCGGCUCGCUCAUGUAUCUGUCCGAGGUCCAAGCAACAGUGCUGGAAGUCAAGGCUAUUGAGGGUUUUGGUAUGACUAUUGACGUCAUUCUGUCCAACGGAAUCUUGAGAGAGGGUGAUCGAAUAGUCUUGUGUGGCACUGAAGGAGCGAUUGUGACAAAUAUCAGAGCUCUGCUCACUCCGGCGCCGCUGCGCGAGCUGCGUCUCAAGUCAGCGUACGUCCACAACAAGGAGGUCAAGGCUGCUUUGGGUGUCAAGAUCAGCGCCCCUGGUCUUGAAGGCGCCAUUGCGGGUUCUAGACUAAUGGUGGUUGGACCGGACGAUGAUGAAGAGGAUAUCUGCGACGAGGUCGAGUCGGAUCUGGCCAACCUUCUCAGCCGAGUCGAAACCUCUGGUCGUGGAGUCAGCGUGCAGGCUUCCACCCUUGGUUCACUGGAAGCUUUGCUCGAUUUCUUGAAAGACUGCAAGAUUCCCGUGGCCAAUGUUGGUAUCGGCCCAGUUUACAAGCGUGACGUCAUGCAAUGUGGUAUUAUGCUGGAAAAGGCACCCGACUAUGCUGUGAUGCUUUGUUUCGAUGUCAAGGUCGAUAAAGAAGCUAUGGCAUAUGCUGAAGACCAAGGUAUCAAGAUUUUCCAAGCUGACAUCAUUUAUCAUCUGUUUGAUAACUUUACCAAGCAUAUGGAUGAGAUGUUGGAGAAGAAGAAGGAAGAGUCAAAGAUGUUGGCUGUCUUCCCUUGCGUCUUGAAGCCGGUUGCUAUCUUCAACAAGACAGGCCCCAUCGUCAUUGGAGUUGACGUGACGGAAGGUCAGCUCAAAAUCAAUACGCCAAUUGCAGCUGUAAAGACCAACUCAGUGACGAACGCCAAGGAGAUUAUUGGCCUUGGUAGAGUCACCUCGAUUGAGCGAGACCACAAGCAAAUUCCGGUCUGCAAAAAGGGCCAGCCCUCUGUCGCCAUCAAGAUCGAGAUGGGAGGUCACCAGCCCAUAUACGGACGACACCUGGAAGAGGCCGAUCUGCUCUACAGCCAAAUUUCUCGAGCCAGUAUUGACACUCUGAAGGAGUUCUACCGUAAAGACGUGACCAACGAAGAAUGGCAGCUGAUUAUUAAACUGAAGCCCCUGUUUGACAUUUGAAGUAGUUGAUUGGAAAAGAACAGGAAGAAAAAAAAACAACUGCUGCUUCUUGUUGUGACUAACCAGUCAGUCAUUUCGGCCACUCGACUCCCUACAUAUGACCGCUUGGCCGACUCUAUUCUUGAUAUAUCUUAUCCCUCUUAUUUUUUUUACUCGUACUAUAUAUAAAAGCAUUCUGACCUCUUAUAUCUCUCCUUCUUUCUUCUUCUUCUUUUUUUCCUAUUUUUUUGCUAAGAAUUUUGGAAGACGUUUCAAUUUGUGUCUCUUGGCUUCUCUUGCCUCACAUGCAUAUUCGGUAGCGAAAAAAGGAGGGCCUGGUCUGGGAGAGCCCAUGGUGAGGUUCCGGCUAACAAUUGCCAGGGGAAAUGGCAACCGUGUAUCGAGUAGAAGAAUGUAGUGGCUAGAAGCAGUACGGGAGAAAAGGAAAAGCAAGUCUGUAAAACACACUGUUACGUGGCAUAAGAACAAGAGAUAGACUUUGAAACGAUUCUCAAGCCUUUCAUUAGGAAUCAAAUCGUAUCAGUUGAAAAAGAAAAAGAAUGAGAAAGGCUAGAGGAUAGGGCAUGCAUCAAAUUCAGCCAGGCGAAGAGCUGAGAGUCGAAAAGGGAGAAUGGAAAAUGGAUAACAUUUCAAUAAAAUAUCAUCGUUACAAGC